AUGGGCUUGGUCUGGGAGGCUGCUUUUUUUAAGCUAGCCAAGGUCUCUUUAAAUACUAUAGCACCUAAUACUAUAUCACCGGUUUAUAUAGCGGCAUUAGAGGUGAUUAAAAAUGUUAUUAUCAAGGAGAUUAUGACGCGGCUGGCGAACAGCCCUUGCACACGCGUCGCUUCAGCCGUCGCUAACAUACCCCAAGAUAAGCGACUCAUCGCUUCACCCCCAGCACCCGUCACUCCAAUCAGUCUCAUCGCCCUGAUUGCCAUCGGCACCGUCUCCCAACCCGUCGUCGUCCUACCCAAGUCGACCAUCCGAGCAAUCGGCGCUUUCGGCAUUAAACGACAGUUAGCGCUCAUCAUCGUUUCGACUGACGCCGAACCUUGA